AUACUCACACAGAGAGAGAGACGCUAGUCAGAGUCUCUGUACACCCGACCACAGCAGAAUUUUCUACCUCUGUUCUCGCUUUGCUUCAUGUACGUAAUCUGUGCAUGUUGCGCACAAAAUCUUUAAAGUGCAAUCCAGGCUUACCUUAGCACCAUACCCAUCACCGCUCUCUUCUUCCUUCCGCCUUUCUGCUCCAAUUUCUCUAUAAAUUAAAACGGUGUCGUCUCCUCUCCUUUAACAACAACAUUAUUUUGAUCCUCUGAAAUGGCUUCUACGGCUGCUAAGCUUGUACUGCUCAGUUUCGCUAUAUCUCAUUUAAUUGUAACCGUCGGAUUGACGGCGGACCCCACAGCGCUUCUACGGCUAGGAGUGGUGGACGGGUCACUGAGCGUCGAUCCAUCUGACGUGGAAACGGCGUCGUUGGAUUUCGGGAUGCUGAGCCGAUCCCAGCCGCCUAUGGCUGUGCUGCAUCCGGCUUCGGCGGACGAUAUUGCUCGGCUUGUGAAAGCGGCUUACAAGUCGGCUCAUGGGCUUAGGGUCUCGGCCCGGGGUCACGGGCAUUCAAUAAACGGACAGGCCCAGGCGAGUAACGGAGUGGUGAUAGAGAUGAGCGGGUCGGAGUUCGGGAAUCCGGGUACGGUUCCUCGGGUUUGGGUGAGAGAGCAGUACGUCGACGUAUGGGGAGGGAUGCUGUGGAUAGAUGUGUUGAAGAGGACGGUUGAGCACGGAUUGGCACCAAAGUCAUGGACAGAUUACUUGUACCUUUCAGUUGGAGGGACACUAUCUAAUGCUGGGAUUAGUGGACAAGCCUUUCACCAUGGGCCUCAGAUUAGUAAUGUCUAUGAGCUUGACGUUGUUACUGGGAAAGGAGAGAUCUUGACGUGUUCAGAGAAAGAAAACCAAGAAUUGUUUUAUGCCGUUCUUGGUGGUCUAGGACAAUUCGGAAUCAUUACUAGGGCAAGAAUUGCUCUUGAACCAGCUCCCACAAGGGUUCGGUGGAUCAGAGUAUUGUAUUCCAAUUUUGCGACUUUUACCAGAGACCAAGAGUAUCUGAUCUCUUUGGACGACCAAAAAUUCGACUAUGUGGAGGGUUUUGUAAUAGUAGAUGAGGGGCUCAUCAACAACUGGAGGUCCUCUUUCUUUUCCCCACGUAACCCUGUUAAGAUAUCAUCACUUGGGUCUGAUGGGUGUGUUUUAUACUGCUUGGAGAUCACCAAGAACUACCAUGACUCCACUGCUGAUACUCUUGAUAAGGAAGUGGAGUCUCUAUUGAAAAGAUUGAAUUUUAUACCAACAUCAGUGUUCACCACCGACCUACCUUACGAGGACUUUCUGGACCGGGUUCACAAGGCCGAGUUGAAACUCCGGUCCAAGAAUUUGUGGAACGUACCACACCCUUGGCUCAAUCUCUUCGUCCCUAAAUCAAGGAUUGCUGACUUCGAUAAGGGUGUCUUCAAGGGCAUUUUGGGAAAUAACAAGACCAGUGGGCCCAUUCUCAUUUACCCUAUGAACAAAAACAAAUGGGACCAGAGGAGCUCGGCAGUGACACCAGAUGAGGACGUGUUUUAUUCGGUGGGAUUGCUCAGGUCGGCAUUGGAUGAUGGUGAGAAGACCCAUAGCUUGGAGUAUCUGACCAAUCAGAACCGUCAGAUCGUCAAGUUCUGUGAUGAUGCAGGGAUCAAGGUGAAGCAGUAUUUGCCUCGCUAUGAUACACGAGAGGAGUGGAUGGAACACUUUGGAGAUAAGUGGGACUUGUUCUAUCAAAGAAAGAUGGAAUUCGAUCCCAGAUUCAUUUUGGCUUCUGGACAACGUAUAUUUGAACCCUCCUCCCCAAUUAAAACUUCAUGAUAAUAUACGUAGACUCACACCAUUAUAUAGAUAGUGUACUAACCUAGGUAUCGACGAUAAACCUGACGGUUAUCUUAAGAGUUCUGAAAUUGUUGAACUGAAAAACUUGUCAAAUGAGCAAACCAAAAUCCUAUAUGAUUUUU